AUGCACGUGGACGCUAAACAUCAGCAAAUUGAAUUGUGCGCACGUGAAUUGCGGCAGAUGUAUAGAGGAAACGUGGUGUCGAGUUCAAUGUAUCGUGUUCAAUUGCUAGAUUGCCAUCAACUGACUGUUGCUACGCGCUCGACUGAAUCUUUCUACGUGCUACGUUUGGGACAGCCGUGA